UUCACUCGCAAUUAAGGUUUAAGACUGCGCAUCCGAAUCUGUUUCCAUGGAGCCAAACAAAUCAAGUGAUGCCCAGAAGCCCCCUCUUCAGAACCCACAGUCCAGCUCGCUGAAAGCAACAUGGAACGAGAUCACGGUGGAUUUCAUAAUGAGGACCAAGAUCCACGGUUUGAAGUUUGUCUUCUCUCCGGACAAGUCGAAACCGCAGCGGGUCAUCUGGAUCAUGGCCUUCUUCCUUUGUCUGAGUCUCCUCUUCACCUGGUCCUGGAAUCGAAUCCUCUAUUUGAUGUCCUACCCCGCUGUCACCAAGAUCUACAUGGUGUGGGCUCACAACAUGUCCUUCCCAGCCGUUACCUUCUGCAACAAAAAUGUUUUCCGGGUAUCCUCUCUGACUAAAGAUGACCUGUAUCACAGCGGCUACUGGUUGGACCUCCUGUAUCAUAAUCACACAGUCAUAAAGAGGAGCCUGUCUAUCCUUAAAGACAAUCACAAGCAGGGUCUGCUCACUCUCCUGGACUUCAGCAGCUACACCCCACCCCCCAAUUAUCACACCAACACCACGGAGAUGAUGGGUCGGCUCGGUCACCAGCUCGAGGACAUGCUGCUGGAGUGCAGGUUUCGUGGGGAAACCUGCACCUACAAAAACUUCAGCACUAUUUACACACGGUAUGGAAAAUGCUACACUUUCAACUCGGGAUUAGAUGGCAACCCUUUGCUGACCACGUUAAAGGGCGGCACGGGGAACGGCUUGGAGAUCAUGUUGGAUAUUCAGCAGGAUGAAUACUUGCCUGUUUGGGGCGAGACAGAUGAGACCUCCUACGAAGCAGGCAUCAAGGUUCAGAUCCACAGCCAGGACGAGCCGCCUUUCAUUGAUCAACUGGGAUUUGGUGUGGCACCUGGUUUUCAAACUUUUGUGUCAUGUCAGCAGCAACUGCUUCAGUACCUCCCACCACCUUGGGGAGAUUGCAAGUCUACUCCCAUAGACUCUGAUUACUUCUCCACGUACAGCAUCACUGCAUGUCGCAUCGACUGUGAAACACGGUACCUUCUGGAGAACUGUAACUGCAGGAUGGUUCACAUGCCGGGAAACACAGCCGUUUGCACACCUGAGCAGUACAAAGAUUGUGCUGAUCCAGCUUUAGACUUUUUGGUAGAGAAAGACAACGAUUACUGUGUCUGUCAGACCCCCUGCAACAUGACUCGCUAUGGCAAGGAGCUGUCCAUGGUUAAGAUCCCCAGUAAGGCAUCUGCUAAAUAUCUGGCUAAGAAAUUCAACAAAACUGAGCAAUAUAUUGGAGAAAAUAUUCUGGUGUUGGACAUCUUCUUUGAAGCUCUGAAUUAUGAGAAGAUUGAGCAGAAGAAGGCCUAUGAAAUUGCUGGACUUCUCGGUGACAUUGGAGGCCAGAUGGGGCUAUUUAUUGGAGCCAGUGUUCUUACAAUACUAGAAAUAUUCGACUACCUAUAUGAGGUGUUUAAAGAUAAGGUUUUGGGUUACUUCAUUCGCAAGAAACGGCCACAGCGCUGUCAGAGCGACAAUCUGGAGUUUCCAGAGAACCCAACCAGCCCUGGUGUCACGCCUAAUCAUGCCCCCAGAGCACCUGUGACACCCUCCGGAGUCACUCGGACAGUCUCGGAUUCACGCCGAACAUGUUACCUCGUCACCCGACUAUAGGCAACUUUGAGGAGUUUGCUUGUUGACAACAUAAAGCAGGGGUUGGGGAUGGGGUGGAACAUCUGGGUACUUGACAGCAAACUGUGAAAUCAUUUUAACAGAGAAAGGCUCUUGAGUGUAUGCUCACAAAAUGCGUAGUACAGUUUAGCAAUGCCUGAAUAGAAAUAGAAUACUAUCAUCAGAAACAAAAGAGACCACUUCCAAAACAGAACUCAGGUUUAACUGCCGUGUCAAGGCAUCCAUGUUAAUUUACUCAUGUUUCAUUCAGUAGAUUUCUUUAUGUUAUCGAGUAUACAAUACGUGAGGAUAAACGUGUUCAAAAAGAGGAAUCUGAACUGUGUUGAGAUGAGUCACGUGGUACUGCUGUGCUAGUAUUGAUGUACGUCAAUCAGUCUAAUUAAAAAAAAAGCAACAACAAACGCAUGUGGAUUUGUAUGUGUAGCAGCGUUUAUCAGUGUUAUGCCUCCAGCAUCUAACCAAUGCUGUAUUGAGUGACCUUAUAGCAGUCACGUUUUAACGGAAGAGCCUUUUUAGACAUCUGCUCCACUUUUAAUGAGUUGAUUGUUGACAUGAAUUAAAACACUAGACUAGUGUUGAAUGUUGCCUUUUGCUACUAUGGGGCUUUAAAUUGUCUUUAAUUAGACAUGUGUGCUUACCCACCUUUGAAACACGAGAGGAACUUGAUGAUUUGUAUAUAUGCUGUUUUGAGACUCCUGAAUUACAUGGUUUUGUUGACUUUAGGCUUUUUUUAAGACAGUGAGGGUAAAAAAAAAUCAGAAGGCAAAAAAAGGCAGUUGAUUGUACUGUUAUAUUUCAUUUUCAGUCAUAUUUCCAUUUUUUAUAUAGUUGCUGCAGAAAUUGUCCCCAUAAAAGCUGGCCCUGUUUUCAAUUGAAUUCGCUCCAACAGAAACAAUCUGAAUUUCUUUUGCCUUUCCUAAUAGUUCAGUUGUUUUCAUCACAAUGUCUUAAAGAUUCAUCAGCACAAUCCCCUGUGAUAGUAAUCUAUUCUCUAUUGAAAAUGCUGUGAGUAGAGUUUAAAAGGCUUGCUGGUGACAUUCCUAAA